AUGAUCAAAAAGUUUCAUCAUUGCAUCAGCGUUUCCAGUAGGAGACAAUAUAGGGACAUGAUAAUGGAACGUUGCUCGAGAGAUAAAAGGGAAAACAUGGAUACCUUUGGUGAUCUAUUUUCUCUUUACUUCUACCUUCAUAUUCCCAUUAUCUGCGAGCUGGAGCUUUUGGUCCCUUUAUCUUCUUUUGAGACAGAGUUCUUAACUACCAUUAAUGUGGCCCCUCCCCAAGUUACUCGAAAUGUUUGGGCCAUAAAUGACUCAUUCUACCCAUCACUCACUCUCCGUUUUCAAAGGAUAUUACUAAGUCUCAUUGCUAAUUGCUUUAUUGAUAUUGGUUCAUUUCUUUGA